AUGGAGGAGUUCUUAACAGAGAGAGAUCACGAAGAGACUGACUCAAAACUAAGAAAAAUCUCUUCAAAAUCCACCAGACGAAUGGUCACUGGAGUCUCAAGUAGCUGGAAGGAUCUAGAAGCAGAUCAAACGACUAGAAUGACACCAUGUGUCAAGAUCCAGUUAAAUAAAUUGCCAAACCCUGAACAAAUUAAGGGUAAAAAAUAUUGUAAGUGGCAUAAUGCAUGGUCACAUUUGACUAACAAUUGCUUGGUUUUCCGCCAUGUAUUGCAGGAUGCCAUUGAAUCAGGACGAAUUACGUUCGAUGAUAAGAAGAAGAUGGCAAUGAACGAAAAUCCUUUCCCUCAGCCACUUGGAAUAAACAUGGUGACAUCUGGAUUUAAAAACAAGUUGCCAAAAUUCAAGUUGGUCAUAGAUGAAGGAGAAGAGGAUCCUAGACCACAUCCCAGCGUAUUUGAACGAAUCAAGGGGAAAGAACCAAAAAAGGACAAGGACGUCCUGUGUGCAAGGUGUAAAAGAGAAGUGAAUGGAAAUAUAGAGAAACCAGGAACAUGGCAGCAUCCUCAUCCGACUAACCCACGCGAAACAACUAAAGUCAGCUAG